CAGUCUCACCGGAAAAGCUACUCUAAAUUACAUACUUGCCCUUGGGAAUAAAUAGAAGGACAAUAAAAAUGGUGUAGUAUCAGUUAUUCCAACAGUUCCUUUGGUCGAAGCCCUGUGUGCCACUUCCUGCACCUCCGCCUGUGCCGCACUGGGUUCUCCCCGGCGUUCAACCAAAGGGAGUACAGCUGUGAUAAAAAAACGCUGAUACUAAAUUGGAUUGGAUGUAUAGGAGCACAUCAUUUUGGUAGAUGUACUCAUAUACAAGAGAAAGAUUACUUCCUUCAUAUUAGUGUGUGGCUCAAUUGCUAUGCUGAUACAAAAUUGUCUUCCUGGUUGCAUAGAAGCUUCUUGUGCGACCUCUUUCUCAUCUGAGAUCACAAAGCAAGACUCAUGUGACUGGGUUUCUGCCGAAUCAUUGAAAAUGAAUCCUGAAAAUGAUGAACGCCCUCUUCAUGGCUGUAGCAAAUCUAAUUCAAAGGAUGGUGAUACUUGUUGCUUAAACAUUGUAGAUGGUUCACGACCUUCAACUUUCAGUGCAAUGUCUGGAACUUCUAAGCCCAUUGUAUAUCGUAGGAAAAAGUUCCGAAGAAACCCUCUCACUACUUUCUCCAUUGAAACAUCAGCUGAAGUUAGGCCUAGCAAUGGAUGUCCUUCUGAGCAUUGUUCUGAGGUCCAUUCAGGAACUUUUAAGGAAGACUUGGUUGCUGGAGUUGCUGUUGAAAAAGCAGCUACUGCAGCUCCUUUUCUGCUUCCUGCUGAGUGUAAUAGAGGGAACCUUCUUUCUAAAUCAAAUUCUUGUGAUGGUAGACCUGAAGUAGAAGAGCAGUGCUCUGAAGCAGCAUCAAGAAGUGAUAUACAAAGGACUUCAGAUUUUUGUGUAAAUGAUAGCCAUUCGUCGUUGGACUUUGAUUCUUCUUCAUUGAAGACUGAUGUGGGUGAUGCCAGUGAAUGCUCUUCAUCUGGUGCUUUAGUUCCUGAAGGAUUGGAUGAUAAUAUGCCAGAAAAGGAUAUAUGCAUAGCAAUUCUUAGAGGUUAUGGGUUGCUUGAGAAAGUUCCGUUUACUGAGCUCCGCAUGUCCGCUAAAGCCUCUGGUACUAGUACUGACAACUGCUCUUUAAUCUCAUGCAAAGCCUGUGAUUGUUCAGAUUCUACAUUGAAGAUGCUAAUCUGUGAUAAUUGUGCUGAUGCAUAUCAUUUAUCUUGCUGCAAUCCCCGUAUAAGGAAAAUACCUCGGGAUGAGUGGUUUUGCCAAUAUUGUUUGAUUAAGAAGCGAAAAUUACUGGAGAAAUCACCUUGUAAAUCCCUAAGUGGGCCCGUCGAAACUGAAAGUUCUAGCAACUUAUUGUCUGAAGGUGAAUCAGGACCUAUAUCUCUCAUGUUGAAGGACACCAGCAUAUAUAGAACCUGCGUUCGUAUUGGCAAUAAUUUUCAAGCUGAGGUUCCUGACUGGACAGGUCCUGUGAUAGAUGAGGUUGAUCGGUUUGAACCAUUAGAAAUCAGGCCUUCCAAGUAUCUCAGAUUGCAUGAAUGCUCUUCUAACAAACCUUCAAGGUUCAGUUCUAUUGGCAAUUGGCUUCAGUGCCGGCAGGCCAUUGAAGGUAUUGGGGAAUAUGUGGAUGGAAGUAUCUGUGGGAAGUGGCGUAGGGCCCCACUAUUUGAAGUUCAAACAGAUGACUGGGAGUGCUUCCGUGCUGUCCUGUGGGAUCCACCUCAUGCAGAUUGUGCUGUACCUCAAGAACUAGAAACAGAGGAUGUGCUAAAGCAAUUGAAGUAUAUAGAGACGUUGAAACCCCGGCUGGCGGUUAAGAGGCGCAAAUUGGUUCAAACCUCGGGUGCUAGCUCACGGUGCUUCACAGAGAAUUGAGAAGAUACAGGCUUCAUGUACGGAAAUGUUCAUCUUGUACAUUUAAGUAUACAAAUUUUGGACAUUUGAAUUUGUACUACAUGAGAUUCUCAUCACAGCACACUGAUGCAACUGCUUCAGAAACAUAUUGUGCAAUUUAGAAGGUGCAGUGAAUCAAUCAGCUGCAACUCGAUUUGAGUUUUCCUGGCCACACUUCAUCUCUUAGUCCAUCUAUAUAUUCUCUUUACGGGGCAUUUACUUUUUGCAUUGUGAGGGCUGACAAAUUAACAUUUCAGGUGCGGUGAAGUCACAAAUUAACUCUAUAUGUUCUCUUCAUCCUUGUGUUACACUCCUGAUAUGCCUUGAUGAAUUCGUGAGGCCCUGAUUUGUGAUUGCAGAGUAGAGAGCAGGUGUGAGGAAGGCAAAGUGAGAGCAAGAUAAGGGGAAGGGGAAAUUUUACUUGUAAUGACUUUAUGUUGGUGCUUUUUGGUUUCUAUUUUUUCCAUCUGGUAUAGGUAGUUUUAUGAAUAGGAACCUACUCUAGGGUAUUUUGUUGAACAGCAGAAUUUAUUUGCAGCUUCCAGCGGAGCAACCUUCUUCUCUCUUGAGUUUGUGGUAGCUGUUCCCUGAACGUUUGGUAUCUCUGAGUCACUCUUCCAGGUUAGGAACUUAUGGUUGUGCACUGCAGCGCGAAAAAAAAAAAGAGGUCUCCAGAAAUUGUAAGAGGGGCUUCUUUCAGAAUUUCAUCAGUUUUGCUUGUGGUUCAUUAAUAUUUGUUACAGUAUAUCUUGAAGGCCAAUUUUAACCUGUGGAAGAAAUGAUCUGUGUAUCAUUAGAGCCAGUAAAACACAAAGGCAAGAAAGAGAACAUAGAUGCACAUCGGGCAUUUCAUUUGUAAUUUGUAUCGAUUAGUAGUAAAUAUAUACAAACGGUUAGCACCUG